AUGACUGUGGGAAUCUUUGCAAAUUGUACCUUCUGUUUGAAAGUCAGAUGCCUGCCUGGUCAGCAGAAGAAAAAGCUACAAACAGAUAUUAAGGGAAAUGGUGGCAAGUUUUCCUUUUCAGUAAAUCCUCAGUGUACACAUAUCGUCUUAGACAGUGCUGAUGUUCUGAGUCAAUAUCAGAUGAAAUCUGUCCGUGAAAAACAUAUCCAUAUCGUCAACCCCGAUUUUAUACGAGACUCUAUCAAGGAAAGGAGACUCUUGGAUGUGAAGAAUUACAGUCCCAAUGAGUCAGUGGAUCUCACAAUACUAUCUGGUCAAAAGGAAAGCAGUUCUGAAAUGAACACAGAUGCACCAUCGCUGGACAGUUCCCCAGAGGAGAACACGAUGGAACUCACCAAGGUUUUUACUGAAAAUGAUGAAAUUCCUCAAGAAUUUGAAGUUGCAAAAUAUAACACCUUGUUAAAAACUGGGACAGAAGGCAAGAAGGACAUCGUGGUGGUCGAGCUGCAGUGCGUCCAGGGAGGCGGGGAGUGGCCAUUUCUGAUCAGCGCGUGUUUCCUCCUGGUCAACGGCAUCGAGACUAGAAGACAACUCUUUGGGAAAAAAACUUCUGCAGAUGCAUGUGACCACUAUGACAAGUUCAUUGAAGAGCUGAAGGAACAAGGAUUUCUGCUGAGAGACAGUUUUACACCGGAAGCAACCCAAUUAGCAUCUGAAAAACUGCAAGCGUUGCUUUUGGAGGAGGUAAUCAGCUCCAGUCCUCCGAGUCAAGAGGUCAGUGAUUUGGUGGAGAUGAUUUGGGCGGAAGCUCUCGGCCAUCUGGAGCACAUGCUUCUCAAGCCAGUGAACAGAAUUAGUCUCAAUGAUGUAAGCAAGGCAGAGGGUAUUCUCCUUCUAGUAAAGACAGCACUGAAGAAUGGAGAAACAGAAGAACAGCUGCAAAAGAUGAUGAAUGAAUUCUACCGAUUAAUACCUCACAAAGAUAAAAAUCGGGAAGAUGUUAACCUGAGACUGUUAUCUCAGAAAGAAGACCUCUGCCAGCUAAUAAGAGACAUGGUGAAUGUCUGUGAAACUAAUUUGUCCAAACCCAAUCCACCUUCUCUUGCCAAAUAUCGAGCCUUGAGAUGCAAUAUCCAGCAUGUUGAACAGAACACUGAAGAAUUUGUUAGUGUUAGAAACGAAGUCUUGAAGAAUCAUCACAGUGAAAGUUCAGCGGACAUCUUGCAGAUUUUUAGAGUUGGCAGAGUGAAUGAAACCACAGAAUUUCUGAGCAAACUUGGCAACGUGAAGCCUUUACUGCACGGGUCUUCUGUACGGAAUGUAGUAGGAAUCCUCUCUCGAGGGCUGCUUUUACCAAAAGUGAUUGAAGAUCAUGGUGUGAAACGAACAGACCUUGGCAAUCUUGGGAGUGGCAUUUAUUUCAGUGAUUCACUCAGCACAAGCAUUAAGUACUCACAUCCCGGUGAGACAGAUGGCACUAGGCUCAUGGUCAUUUGUGAUGUGGCCCUGGGGAAGUGUAAGGAUUUGUAUGAGAGAGACUUUUCAUUAACGGAAGCCCCACAAGGUUAUGACAGUGUCCAUGGAGUCUCCCGAACAGCAACUGUCGUGUCGGACUUUGAGGAUGAUGAAUUUGUCGUCUAUAAAACCAAUCAGAUUAAAAUGAAAUAUAUUGUUAAGUUUUGCAUCUCUGGAGAUCAGCAAAAAGCCUUUCAUCCUCCUGGUGAUACAGAAUUAGAGGAGAACACGCCUGAGUUUCCAGGUUUCCCGAGGGAGGAGGAUUACCAGCUACCAGACACCCAACCUUUCAGCAAUGUCAAAGCCGGGCUUCAGGACCACGGUGGGAAUGUUGUUCCUCUUGAGGCUGUUGAAAUCAAGGGGAGGAUAAUAGACACUGUGGCCCAGGUCAUCAUUUUUCAGACAUACACAAAUCAAAGUUCUGUCCCCAUUGAGGCGAAAUAUGUCUUUCCUCUGGAUGAUAAGGCAGCAGUGUGUGGCUUUGAGGCUUUCAUCAACGGGAAGCAUAUAGUAGGAGAGGUUAAAGAGAGGGAAGAAGCAGAUCAAGAAUACAGAGAAGCCAUCAGUCAAGGCCACGGUGCCUACUUGAUCUCCCAAGAUACACCCGAUGUUUUCACGGUGAGUGUUGGGAACUUACCCCCGAAGGCUCAGGUGCUCAUCAAAAUCACCUACAUCACUGAACUUACUGUCCAAGGCACGGCGGUCAUCUUCUGCAUGCCCGCCUCUGUGGCCCCCUGGCAGCAGGACAGAGCUUUGAAUGAAAACACUCAGGAUACAGUAGAGACAAUUUGCAUAAAUUCAAUAGGGACAAAGCAAAGCUUCUCUCUGAGUCUGUCUAUUGAGAUGCCGUACGUGAUUGAAUUCAUCUCCAGUGAUACACACAAACUGAGACAAAAGCGCACGGACUGCAAAGCUGUGAUCAGUACGGUGGAAGGCAGUUCCUUAGACGACAGUGGGUUCUCUCUCCGUGUCGUCUUGGCUGACGCGUACCUCCCCAGGAUGUGGGUUGAAAAGCAUCCUGAGAAAGAAAGUGAGGCUUGCAUGCUUGUCUUUCAACCGGACUUCAGUCUCACUCUCCCUGAAAUGGCCGAGAACAGUGAACUGAUUAUUUGCCUCGAUUGCUCCAAUUCCAUGACGGGUGAGGCCUUCUUGCAAGCCAAGCAGAUUGCCUUAUAUGCUUUGACGCUGGUGGAGGAGAAGCAAAAAGUAAAUAUUGUCAAAUUUGGCACAGGUUACAAGGAACUGUUUUCCUACCCUAAGUGUGUCACCAGCAACGAUACACCAGCAGAGUUCAUCAUGGCUGCCACUCCCACCAUGGGAAAUACCGACUUCUGGAAAGCUCUGCGGUAUCUAAACUUGCUGCCCCCUUCCCAAGGGCUGCGGAACAUCCUGCUUAUAUCUGAUGGCCACAUUCAGCACGACCGCCUCACGUUCCAGCUCGUGCGGAGGAGCACCUCACACACCAGGUUGUUCACCUGCGGCACGGGUUCUAGAGUAAAUCGUCAUAUCCUAAGGACUUUGUCUCAUUGUGGAGCCGGAGUGUUUGAAUAUUUCAACUCCAAAUCCAAGCACAGCUGGAAAACACAGAUCGGAAGCCAGAUGACACGCUCACGCUCUCCCAGCUGCCACUCAGUCUCAGUCAAGUGGCAGCGGUCCAGCACUUGCUCCCCCGAGCCACUGCAGGCACCUGCCCAGGUGCAGUCCUUGUUCCACAACGACCGGCUCCUGGUCUACGGGUUCAUUCCCCACUGCACACAGGCAACUCUGCACUCCGUGAUUCAAGAGAAAGAAUUUAGCACGAUGGUCUCAACUACCGAGCUUCAGAAGACAACUGGGACUAUGAUUCACAAGCUCACAGCCCGUGCUCUCAUUAGGGAUUUUGAAUACGGCAUUCUGCACGAAGACGAGACACAUCACCAGAUGAAGAAGCAAGCCUUGAAAUCUCAGCUUAUUAAAAUCAGCAAAGAAAACUCUCUCCUAACACAGUUUACAAGCUUUGUGGCUGUUGAGAAAAGGGAUGCGAAUGAGUCACCUUUUCCACAUAUUCCCAGUAUCUCGGAACUCACUGCCAAAGAGGACGUGGACAUCCUGCCGUACAUAAGUUGGCAGGAGGAGCGGCCUGACACGAGCACAGCAGAGAUGACCUAUCAGCGGCCUCGAGUCAUCAAAGUAGCUGCUGAUGAAGGUGGUUUUGACGAUACUGAUGAAGAUGAUGACGUUUAUUUCAGUGAUGAGUACACCUCAGGUGACUGGAGCCAUGAUUUGGUGGCACUAGGCGAGGGGGAAGACGAGCCCUGCCAAGAAAGCUGGAGGAGUGUCGUGCCCAAACUUUUCACUCUGCAGACUGAGGAUGGCUUCUGGAAACUUACUCCAGAACUAGGACUUAUCUUAAACCUCAAUACAAACUUGUUAAAGUGCUUUCUUGAAGAAAAAGGCAUCCGGUCUCUAGGUCUUAAAGGACAAGAAUGUCUCCUGGAUCUGAUUGCCACCCUCCUGGUACUACAGUUUCUUCGCAUCAAUUUGGAAAAAGAAGGAAUAGUUUUCAUGUCACUGAUGAAGUUAGAUGACCCUUCUGUUUCCAGUGAUCUUCCCUGGAAUACUGAGGAUAUAAAGAAAGCCAGUGAGUGGGUAAGGAGAACGGAAGGACAGUAUCCAUCAAUCUGCCAGCGCCUUGAGUUGGCUGCAGACUGGGACACGGCCACUAAACAGCUCUUGAGAAUUCAGCCCAUCAAACCCUCUUCCCGUCUUUACAAAGUCCUCAACUGCAGUCACGGGUGA